UGUGUUUGUUUAUUUGUUUCGCACGACAAACGAUGAUAUGAAAAUGAACGCAUAUAAACGUGAUGACUGUCUCAGGAGUGUCGGAAUUUCAUAUCGUUAUUGCGACUUGGAAGUUUCAGACAGACAUGCAAGGAAAAGGAAUGAUUACGACUAUGUUCUCAUAAAAGAUAAUUUAGAAAGAUUCAAAACGGUAAAUACUUCAACGUAUGUUGCAGAAAGCGAGCAGUUUACACAUGGUGCUAAAGAUGCUAAUGUGACGACAAAUAGCCUUUAUGAUCAUGUACUCAAAGAUGAAGAGGUUAGCUCAAAACUGAAGGCGCACUGGUUAACUGAAAACGCUGGCGUUAAUACUAGGAUUUCGAGACAAGAUAAUGUAGAUCAAUCGGUACAAAAAAGGAAUCCUGUAGAUGGAAUAAACGGCGAAGGAAUCAGCGACAUAAGCGGUAAAAAGGCUAAAAGAAGAGCCGUCUGUUUUUCGUAUGAAGAGACAGAUACUGCAAAAAUGGUUUCACCAUUGGUUACCAGAACAGGAAGCAAAUUUGCGGUGACGGUACAGAAAACACCUCCAGCAGUAAGAGGCAAACUAGUUGGCGAUCGGAACUUGACAAUCGAAGCGGACAAGCUUGUUAUAUAAGAUAUGGAUACGAGCGAAUCCAUAAAUGCAUUUCCGUUUACAUGGAUACGGAUUUUGGGUCGUAAAGGACAUCAUUUAUUUUAUUUCGAUGUCGGAAAACAAUGCGAACUCGGGGAGGGAACGAUUUUUAUCGUUAACCACACAGACAGCGCGGGGAAUUGUAAGCAAAUAUACGACUUGCUCGUUGCCAGUAUACAUAAUGUGUAACGUAGAUAACAUAAUAACAUUUACUGGUAUAAUGCCAGAAAAAAAUAUAAUUACUCAACUCAUGACACGCUUAAUUUAUGUUAGUUUAGUAACUCCCGUCCAAUAUUCGGAAUUCUAGAUAAAGACAUAAAAAUUAAUUAUAUGUAUAUACAUGUAUUAUAUGUG